GUGCGCACGCAGUUCCGCCGGAUCUUCACGCAGAUGGGGUUUGAGGAGAUGCCCACCAACAACUACGUGGAGAGCAGCUUCUGGAACUUUGACGCGCUGUUCCAGCCGCAGCAGCACCCGGCGCGCGACGCGCACGACACCUUCUUCCUCACCAAGCCCGCAGCCACGCCCGCCUCCAACUUUCCCCAGGACUACUUGGAACGCGUGAAGCAGACGCACCAGCACGGCGGCUACGGCAGCAUCGGGUACGGGUACGACUGGAAGAUAGUGGAAGCUGAGAAGAACCUGCUGCGCACCCACACCACCGCAGUCUCCUCGCGCAUGCUCUACCGGCUGGCGCAG